AUGUCUGACUACGAAAACCCCGAACGGGAGACAUCCCCGAGCAGUCGCAUCACGGAGAGCAGUACGCCUUCGCGAUCGUCGAGCAGCUCACCUGCGCCGCAAGACCCGGCAGCCUCAAUCCCCAAAGCACGUGCUGCACUGGACGCCGCCCUCACCAAAGAUCUGCAAGGAAAGGUGUCCCUCGGCGAAAUCCGUGACAGCAUCGACUGGCAGCAAAAGCUCGUCUCAGGAUUACCAAACAAGGCGUUCGACGAACAUGGUAACGCCAUCGAUCUGGGAGUUACCAAGUUCCGCUUGCAGUACUGUGUGCGGUUGAUCAGGGCGGCUCAUAACUCCCUCAAAGAGGCAAGAAGCGAGGAGAAGACUGUUCUGACGGCUGCCAAAUCGCUUGUGGAGAGGCUUGAAAAGGCGAAAAGCACUGGAGACGGGGUUUACAGUGUCAAUCAAGCUGUAUCUGCGCAUCCUAUGAGCGAGCUCCUGAUGCAACUUUCGAUGCUCUUGGAAUUCGAUGCGGUUACAGAUGACGAAGAAGAUGAUAGCGACAGUGACGAGAGUGACGCUGGACUUUCUUCACAUGCUCCUGCUUCUCCGCCGACAAUCACCAUGAUCGGUUCCAGAAUGGCUCAGACGGAUGCAUAUUCUGAGUUCCUUCCACACUUCUCUCGAGAAUCUUCCCUGUCGGCUGUAAAACCCGUCACAGUUCCUGCACAUCUAAACGUGCACCCUGUGUUUGGAGGAAAAGGUCCAGCAGUGAUAGAGAAGCUCAAUGAAAUUGAGCAGAUUCGGGAACUGAAAGGGAAGUGGGUUCGACGAGAUGACCAAGAUAAGCAGGAAAACUCGCGAUUCCACGCCGAUGAGAGCACUCAAGUCAACCUUGCAUCUGAUGGUGAGCCAGAGCUCCCAUUCAUCGGUCGAUUAGCGGGUUCUCGAGUCCCCAAUGAGCAGCAACCCUCUCAGAAGCUUACCCUGGUUGUCCCAUCAGCGUUCAUUGUGACCAAACCUCGAGAGAAUUUGUCGAAGCGUGCGAACGACAUCACCAUCAGCAGUCCUCACACUGUCGCAGCAACCGUACCCAGGGUCUCAAGUGAGCAAGAUCGAACGGAGAAGCAGAUUCCUACCAAAGAGUCUUCAUCGGUCUCGAGUGCCAUCACCACUCGUCAACAUGCGCUCGGUGGAGAAUCUGCUCCAGCCAACAAGAAUGCUUCUGAAAAGAAGCCGGCUUCUUCCGUGGCACCUGGGGUUGCCUACUACAAUGGUAUCCUGAAUCCGACUCCCAGCGCAGCAAAAAUCAAGCAGCGCAAAGCAGUCACAAAGACUUCACGGGAACCCCUAGUGUCUAGUGGAUCUGAGUCUUCCCGUCCGACAACUAGGGCGAGAACUCGUGAAUUGUCUGCCGCAGCUGAAGACAAUGACGCAGACUCUCCUGCUGCUGGUAAGCGGCACGAGCGUACCAAGGAGACGCGAUCAACUUCGAAAGAACCUUCCUCUGAAGGCAUCGAGGAAAACAGCGGGCGGGCGAGCCCGAAGACGGCGGGGAACAGCAAGAAGCGCCGGAGGUUGGAGCCUGAUCUUUCUAUCAUACAAGAAGAGGAAGACAGCGACUUGGAGGAGGGUGAAAUCCGCGAAUCCCCACGAGAAAAUGCUGGCCCGGUCACAACCGCUUCUGUCGCCACACCACGCAAUCGCGCCCAUGACAUAAAUCCAGACCAUCCGAUCAUGUCAGUCGAGCGACCAUCAGUACCUUUGGAGGCUACCGAGAAAUCUCGAUCGAAAGGAAAGAAGCGGCGUGCAUCCUUUGAUGAUGACAGCAGCGACGAAGAAGACAAAGCUGCUUCCAUCCCGGAACCCAAGCGAGGAGCUCGAGCAAAGCCAGCACCACGUGUUGCAGGCCAACGAGGCGUGGCGAUGGUCACAAAGCGGGCAGGUCGUCCGAGAAAGUCCUCUACGCCUUUCGAGGUCUCCGAUGGGGAGGUGGAGUUCUUGACAGAAAGCAAGACCAGCAGGAAGCGCAAAGCGCCGGCUGACCUUGAAGAGGUCGAGGACGAGCAACUGAAGCGCCCUUCACGUCGCAAGAAUCCAGCCCAGGAUAGCGACAAAGAGAAUGAUGGGCAUCGAGCGAAACGUCAGAAGUCGGUUGCAGCGCCUGCGGCAAAGGGGAAUCCUAGGCGGUCUACCCGAAAGAGGACCCGGGAUCCCAGCGAAGAGGCUGCCAAGCCUGAGCAGUCUAAACGCCAGAAGACCGCCAAGCCGUCCUCUAGAAAACCGGAGCCUGCUGUGGAGGGAAAGGGGAUCAACCAACCCAGGCGAUCUACUCGAAAGAGGACCCGGGAUCCCAGCGAAGAGGCUGUCAAACCAGAGCAGCCUAAACGCCAGAAGACCGCCAAAUCGUCCUCCAGGAAACCGGAGCCUGCUGCUGAGGAGAAAGAAAUCAGCCAGCCCAAACGAAAGCGACCGGCUAGAAAGCCGGAGUCCUCUGUGUAUGGCCGUCGUUGA